GCGCGCCCCGCGGCGGCCGAGGGGGCGGGGACCGGAGCGGGGCCGACCAUGGAGCCCCUGCGGAGGGCCCACGAGGCCGCGGUCCGGCUGCUGCUGUGCGGGCCUUGGGCCUCGGGCGCCGCCUCCCGCCCGAAGCCCCGCGCCUCGGAGGUGCUGACGCGGCACCUGCUGCAGCGGCGCCUGCCGCACUGGACCUCCUUCUGCGUGCCCUACAGCGCCGUCCGCAACGACCAGUUCGGCCUCUCGCACUUCAACUGGCCCGUGCAGGGCGCCAACUACCACGUCCUGCGUACCGGCUGCUUCCCCUUCAUCAAGUACCACUGCUCCAAGGCCCCCUGGCAGGACCUGGCGGCGCAGGACCGGUUCUUCACGGCGCUCAAGGUCGUCAACCUGGGUAUUCCAACUUUAUUAUAUGGACUUGGCUCCUGGUUAUUUGCUAGAGUCACAGAGACUGUACAUACCAGUUAUGGACCAAUAACAGUUUAUUUUCUAAAUAAAGAAGAUGAAGGUGCCAUGUAUUGAAGGUGUUCAUCGAAGAACAUAAUUAUCAGUGGAUUUUCUCUUAUGUGUAUGUGCAAUGUUUAUUUUUGACCCUUUAAAAUAAAACUUUUGCAAACACCUUUUUCUUUCUACAGUGUUGGGUUCUUUAAGAUGAAUCAUUGCCCCCAAGAGGUAAAGCUUUUCAUACAUUGUUACAUAUUGUAUGCUUAGUUUAGCCAAUGGAAACUACAGAUGCAUGAAGCAUAUACCAAUUUUUAUUCCUAGAAUUAGGUUAAAUCACAGAUAAAAAAUGAUUAUAACAUAUAUAUACACACAUACAUAUGUAUUCUAUAUUUAGGUAUUAAUUUAAAUCGAUUCUUUGAAGAUAAAAUGGAGACAUCCACACAAAGAAGGGAGGGGACAAAUCUUUUAUAUGAUACUGAAAAAAGAAGUAAAGGAUUUUAGGAUAUAUGUGGAGAUAACAACAUUGUCAAAUCCAAAACUGAUGAAUUCUCAUUGAAACACGAAAUCUAAUCUAUUCAGCUGCUAGGAUUUUCAAUGGGAAUGUUUUAAAGUUAAAGCCCUUGUGCCAUUUACCUGGAUGACAGGUCUAGAUGUAGUGUUGAAACUUCUUGUUGCCUAAACAUCCAAUACCAUACUACUUUCUAAAAAAUAAUGACUCUGGUUAAUGUAAAUGUAGCAAGACGAAUGAAAUUAGGACUUACUAAAAGUUAAAAUAGCAUGCUGAUCAAGCUGUAAGAACAAUUAAGACCUAGAAAGACCCAGAAGAAUAAAUUUGGUGACGGUUUAUAAAAGCAAUUAGCUGAAAUGGUACAUAUCCAUACACUUCUUGGCGAUGGGAAAUGGGCUGAAAUUUUAAAGACCUGAUGGCAGUUUUGUGUUAAGAUUUUAUUAAGUUAAUUGCAUUUUUGAAAGCAAAGUCAUUAAAAAAAAAUUUAUCCUUGGGGGUAGUUACAAAAUACCCAGACGAAUGGUAAAUUUCAGAAAUUUGGAGUAAUUUAGGGAGAACUAAGUAGAACUAUUUAAUUUCUAAACCAAUGGGUGUUUAAGAUUUAUGAUCUCUCCCAUAAUUACAAACAUGCAUUAUAUAUCAUUUUAUGUUAAUGUUUUGCUGAUACUCUGCAACAUUCACACAUUAUUAUAGCAAAAUAUUUUAUAAAAUACAAUCUAACCAGCAUUUGGGUGCUUGCUCCUGGCAAAUCAGUAGAGAUAGUGAGUGGCAGGGACUGAGGUGAAAAUACCAGAAUAAAGUAAUACAAACUGAGUUUGCUAAAGAUGGUGGUUUUAAAUGAGCUGCAGAGAGUGAGCUCUUCUUCAAAUAUAUGUAGUGUUCCCUUGUCUAGAAGUAAUUCUAAAUAACACUUUAAUCAAAGAAGUACUUAUGCCAAUAUAUUUAGUCCAGAAGAAUAUACUUGACACUACUUAAAUGAAUGGCUUACACAAAGGAGAUAGUGUUACAUUAAGCUUCAUUAAUAAUAAAACUGGCUAUUAGCAUUUUGCAAGGAAGGCUAGAACUGAUUUCCCCUGUAAUGGGCAAUGUUAAAUAACUAUAGCUCAUAAGUUUUAAGUCAAAUAGUGCUCAUUCACUGUUGCUGGUCUGGUCAAUACUUGCUGUAAAGGUUUGGUCCCAGCACAAGGCUGAUAAAAUGGUUUUUAAUUACCAGACUAUAAAUACAGCUUUUCAGUAGAGUUGCACUUCUUUUCACACUGGCCUGUUUGAUUUCUGAUAAUUUGUACUGCUGACUCUGCUUACCUGUUUUUCAAUAGCUAUAGUCACUGUGACUUCUUGUCCAUAUAGUGAUAGGUAAGUCUCCUUGGAGAAGAUCUUGACAAACUACCCUAUUGAUCUUUGUAAUUCUCUGCUGCUUGCAGCAUUAAAUAGAGCCUUGAUUUCUUGUCUCCUGUGCUCACUGUGUAACAAUUAAGCAAAUGUAAUAUUUUCUUGUAUUACAUGAAAAUCAAUAGACCUCUUGCUCUCAUGGAGUUGAUCAUGGUGAAGGAUGAACUCAACAAUGGCUAAGGCCAUACUUCAAAUAUUAAAAUAUCAUGCAUUGGAUUUAUUAAGUCCUACAGUGAAACGUUUAGUCUAAAAAUGCUCCCCAUUGAACAGUAAUGGUUUAAGUUUUUCCUUUAAAGUUGAAUAUGACAUGGAAGCAUUGUGCCCUAAAAGGGAUAAAGUAUAAAUGCUAGAAGUCAGGAGAUUGAUUCUAUUUUUAGGGUUAGUGCUGUAUUACUUUUUGACCUCAAACUAAUGACUCCUUUGUGUCUUAGUUUUUCCACCUGUAAUCUGAGAACAAAACAAGAAACCUUUCUACUUUAAAAUGUAUGAUAAAUAUGCUUGUAAGCAAAUGUCAGUUUUAUUUCAGUAAAAGCUUGUUUGUAAUCAUUCUUCCUUUCCAUAUGUAUUUAUAUGUAAAGAACUUCAUUAAUGAAAGAAGUUUAAAAAUAAGGUGAGAGAAAGAAAGGAAGAGACACACUGAGGCAUUGUAUGUAUGCCUGCAUGAGAGCUGAUUAUGCCUGAGAUGGCAGAAAGGGUUCUGAGUUGACCCUGUCCUUCUGGAUAUUAGGAAUAUCCUUAGUUGAUGAAACAACCCAAAACAGCUUUUUUGCCAAUAUUUCUUUGAUGGGAUUUUGUCUUUUCCAGGCAAAACUAUUUUUUUUAUGGAAGAUGAGUUUUAGUAUAACAUUUUACAAAUCCUCUAUUAUUCCUUCUAUGCAAAUCAAUUAUCAAGUACUGGAAGAAAUUUAUGGACAAAAUUUUUAGUUCCUGUGUAAACUGUGAGCCACCAUAAAGAUGCAAUAAGAAUUGGGGGCAUGAAAGAGGUUGCUAACAUAAACAUCCCUAGUUUUUCAGUGCUAAUGUCUUAACAUACCAAAAUGACAAAUAGUUAUUUUAUCACCCUUUUUUGGUCACACAUAUUUUGUUAAUUGUUGACUUCAGUAAAAAAUUGAAACAUUUUUUAAUUAUUAAAAGCCAUAUGUAUUUCUUUAACAAUGUACAUUUCAUUUUUUGUCAUUUAUAUUUAUGUUCACUCAAAACUAGAAGAACAAUAAUGCUUCAUGAAAUAUCUCAAUUCUAUUAAAGAAUGAAUGACGUUUAAAUGGAUGUGGUGACAUCAAGACAAGGAUCUUGGUUUCAUUUCAUUUAAAAGCUAAUGCAGAUAACAGAAACCUUAUCCUAAAGUCAGUAGAUCAGGUAUCUACUUUUUUUCAGCUCUUACCAUUCAGACAGUAAUAAUGUUUGAGGGCAUCUUAACCUAAACGAGUACUUAGCAUUACAUCUCACCUGGGUCAACAGUCUAGGGUAUCAAAGUUAAACUGUGUUACUGUAAAUUAAUGGAAAAUGUAACUGCACUUUGCUGAAAGAUCAAUGUCCAAUAAAGGCUGCACAAUCAAA